AUGACACCAAGAGCUCUAUCGCCUACACUCUCAGAAGCCACGCAAGCAUCCCAAAUGGACCUCGGUACGAAUGCACCAGAGAAAAUCAUCACUCGGGCGGACUUGAAGACAAGUCUCCAGGCAUAUGAGAAUCUCCUGAAUACUUCUGCUGCGUACCGAGAUGCUUUAAUGCACAUGUCGAAAGCUACAGCUGACUUCGCUGAUGCUAUGGAAAUUUGUGCAAGUCUUAAGGGAACUUCGUAUCUAUCAGGGUCGCGACUCCUGGCAGCAUCCGGUCUACAUCAUCUAAUGGGUAACCAUUGGCAUGUUCUUAGUGAUUCACUUGACAAACGAUUUGAGAGACCAUUACGACAACACCUUGAGACAUACCGUGCCACCGUAGCAGAGCGUUCCGCAACAUAUGAAAGGGCUCUAAGGGAGAAAAGUAGGAUUAUCCACCAGACAGAGACGCAGAAUAUGAACCUCGGGCGGAAAAAGAACAGAAACUUGCAGAGUUUCCGGGAAGCUCUAGCGGUCCUGCAGCGGCAGAUCGAAGAACUUGACGAGCUAAGGGUGUCUCAUUAUCAAGAGAUUCUUGAACAUGAGGAAGAGGUCUGGGAUUUCGUUCAAGGGCAGGUUUCAUUAGUAGUCCGAUCGACUUUGGAUGUUAUUGACCGGUUUUCGGCCAAAGCGUCCGACCCAGUGAUAGAGCCCAUGCUCCAGUCUAUUCCGGAUCCCUUUGACUCUUAUGGUCCCCCUAAGACGGAAGAUCAAAUAUUCAGCAUCCUCGCACCGUUGUCCAUCUUUGAUAACUCUGCAACACCAUCCCCGAAGAUACAUUCUACGGAGGUUGACCCAUCGUCAAGCUUUGCAGCAAGUCCUGGUGGUGCUUCAUGGACGGAUGAGCAUGAUGCUGGGGGGAGUUCAGCAUCAGACUGGGCAGACGUGCACACUCCGACUCCGAGCCCGCCUCCAACAGCCAAAAGCGCAGCGACAGUGAUUGUGAACCGUACAGUUUCGCCACCGAGUUCGUCUCGCAGGGCUUCUUACCCGGGGAGUUCUGCUUCUAGUUCUGGAAGCUCUCUUCCCGCCCCAGCGCCUAUCAGGAGUCCAAGUGGAGUACGAAACGUAGCGUCAAGGUUACGCAAGUCCUUGUCUGCGAUCAGCGAAGCAGCCUCUUCUGUCUCCGAAUCCGGAGGAACCGGCAGCAGCUUGCGUGUACCAUCGGAAUCGCAAUCGCAAUCGGAGCCGGAAAUGUCGUCUACGAUGCCGAACUUUUCGUUCAACGCGCAUAACCGGGAGUCGAGCACGGAGACUGUAAGGCAGAGAGAUUUGCAGGCGAAGACGAGUCUUAAUGGAUUACAGAGUGCCUUUGCCUCAGAGGAACCUGUGUGGGGCUCGCAGUCAACGACUUCUAGGCAGGAUGAGGGACGAGGGAACGAAGAGACGUCAAGUAGUACGGCAGUACCCGACGAACGUGCCACUCACUCAGCGCCAGCAGACUCUGAUGUCGAACGAGGGUAG